GAUUUGGCGGCAAACACACCACGAGGACAAAUGUCGGUCGAGUUUGAAGCGCCGUGGGUGGAGAAGUACCGCCCGUCGACGCUGUCGGAGAUCGUCGGCAACUCGGAGACGGUGAAUCGACUGCAGGUCAUCGCGAAGGAAGGGAACAUGCCGAACAUCAUCAUCAGCGGGCCACCCGGGAUCGGGAAAACCACAUCCAUUCUGUGUCUAGCGCGGGAUCUGUUGGGCGAUGCGUUGAUGAAGACGGCGGUGCUGGAGCUGAAUGCGUCCGAUGACCGUGGCAUCGACACGGUCCGGAACAAGAUCAAGAUGUUCGCCAUGCAAAAGGUGACGUUACCGCCGAAUCGACAGAAGAUUGUGAUCCUAGACGAAGCCGACUCGAUGACGACAGCGGCGCAGCAAGCGCUCCGUCGGACCAUGGAAGUGUUUAGCAGCACGACGCGGUUCGCGCUGGCCUGCAACAACUCGACCAAGAUCAUCGAGCCGAUCCAGAGUCGGUGCGCGAUCCUGCGGUACACGCGCCUCAAGGACGAGAUGAUCCUCGAGCGCCUCGUGCACGUGUGCGACGCCGAGAAGGUCGGGUACAACCACGACGGCAUGGAAGCGCUCAUCUUCACGGCCGAAGGGGACAUGCGCAAUGCGCUCAACAACUGCCAGGCCACGUUCAGCGGGUUUGGCUACAUAAGCGACGCGAAUGUGUUCAAAGUAUGCGAUCAGCCGCACCCGACCGUCGUCAAGGAGAUCAUCGAUGCAUGUGUCCAGGGCGACAUGGUCACGGCGGAGAAGGCCAUGGUGGCGCUGUGGAAGUCGGGGUACUCGGCUCUCGACAUCAUCGGCACCGUGUUCCGCGUCGCUAAGAGCACCGACAUGGACGAGAGUCUCAAGCUGGACUUUGUCAAGCUCAUCGGUCAAGCGCACAUGUGUGUGGCCGACGGCCUGACUACCCUCGUGCAGCUCCACGGCCUCGUCGCGCGGCUUUGCGCGGCGGCGACUGUAGCCAUCCAGGCCAAAAACUCAAAGCCAUCGACUGCUUAAGUGUACAUACAUCAAGAGGUUAUGGAUCACCUUACAGUAGUGCUAGAGAUACAUCUCAAUUUCGACGAAAAUGCUGACAUGGCAGCAAGAAUCAUAGACGGAUGAACGAAC